UGUGGGACAAGCUCGAUAACGUUUCACUGCAGGGGUGUCCCAACUGUGGCUUGCCCCAGAGGCUGAUGGGAAUCGUAGUCCUUGAACCCCUGGCAAGCCACAGUUGGACGCCCCUGCGCAAGAGCCUAGAAACGACCUCUAAACUGCCUGCCUAAGAAAAAGAGAAUCGCCCAAUUUAAUUAUCGUUAAUCUGGUUCAACGCUGUCGGCUUCGAGCCGCAAUCGGACCCUCCCGCAAAGCGCUCAGCGGGACUCGAACCGCAAAAUUCUAUAGAACCAUCCAUCAUUCGGCGCUCGCCUUUCUGUGGGCAGCCUCCCGUUCAAUAUGCGCCGGGCGCUCUUUAUCGACGAUUCCGCGAUCGACUUUCUGGCUGUCUGCAGCCUGCGAUGGCGACGCCGAGAAAGGAGGAGGAAACACGUGGCCUGUUCAGCCAAGGCGUAAAAGCUGUGCUGGCCAACUGGCCUGCCUUGCAGAUUGCAGUUGAAAAUGGCUUUGGCGGGGCAUACAGCCAAGAGAAAGCUGAAUGGAUGGUGGGGGCUGUGGAGCAGUACUUCCAAAGCAACGUUGACCUGGAGCCAGAUGAGGUAGACGAUUUCCUCGCACAGAUGAUGAACAAUGAAUUUGACACAGUGAUAGAAGAUGGGAGCUUGAGCCAGGUAAGCCAGCAACUGUGCAUCUUCUUCAGCCAGUGCCAGCAGGGAAAUUGGGCAGCGGUGCAGGAAGCCAUUGCACGCCUGGCCCAAAAGCAACAGGAGGCCACAAGUAUAGCUGCAAGAGCCCAGGCAGCUGAAGGAAGCAGCAGUGAGGAGGAGGAGCAGGAGUCAGAGGAAGAGGACAUGGAGUGCAACACAAACGGACCACACCCCAGUCCACCUCCUCCCACCGACCCUGAUCAUGAAGAUGGCUGGACUUUGGUAAGGAAGAAAAAGAAAUGAGAGGCAGACACAAUCACGGCAAGGUUCCUGCUUGGAGGACUGCAAGCUCAGGGCUAUCCUGUCCGUCAUGAAUAGAAUUGAGAUGAGCGAUAUGUGGACCGCAGGACUGCAUCGGCACCCUUCCUCUUGGAUUGGCUGUGCUCCGUUGUACUGUAGGGAGAACCUAGGAACAAGGUGGCAGGGCCACACAGAGCACGGUGAGGGGGUUGCCUCUGUCUUCUAUUCUUCCGUCCAGUGUGUCUUUUCACUAAUGCACUUUGCAAAUUGCAAUACUCAGCAGACAAAAUGGCCUGUUGGGGGCUAGUAACCACCUCCAAAGACUCUUCUAAUAAUUUACUUGAGUUGUUGGCUUUCAAUGACCUUUCGGCACUUGGUAGCAAUGAAUUGUACAGCCUUGGAUCACAAAUUAGUUCUGCUCAUCUUAAACCAACUGCUUACCUGUUUCACUCACUCACCAUGAGUCCCAUUUGGAAGGAGAGAAUAAAGUUUCCCCUAUUUUCACUCUCUGAACUCCGCUCAUUGUCUGAGAUAUCUCUAUGGUUACUCGGCUCAUGCUGCCUGCGGGAAAGGAGCCAUGCUGAGAAGAGAGCCAGGGCUCUGCAAACAUAGGGCACAGCCAGGGGCUACUUUUCAGGGACAACAACCCUGCAGUUGUGUCAGGCCUUCCCCCCCCCCCCCCCCCACCCCAGUGUAGUGCAAUAAGCUGCAGGUCACCUGUUCUCUGCCACUGCAGAAGGGAGUAUAGAGAAAAAGAGGCUUGCUAGGCUCCAGCGAGCCUUUGCCAUCCCCAAAACAGGCAACCACCUACAAAGGGACAUCCUCUGUGUUUGGGCUACUAUGCCAAGUCCUGAAGGGCAAAUAUAAUGUUACUUAGUGCCUGGCACCUUCAGUUUAAAGGAUCAGGUGUCAGGUGAUACAGUAGACCUCUGUUUGAGACCCUGCCAGUCAGAGUAGACCCAAUGGUCAUUCAGUUUAAAGCAUCUUUAUAUUUCUGCAUGUUGAUAGUCAGCUGUUCUGCUCUUCUUUAUGCUAGCCUAUGUGACCACCGUAAGGUGUGGUUAUUCUGCAAUUCCAUGGAAGAGUCAAAAAGCUACUACAGAAAGCAGCUUUCAGAGUCUUGCAGAUUUCAUCCAAAAAAGGAAAAAUCAAGAUUUAUGGCUACCAAAGAUGCACAGUAAAUAAAACCAUGUAAAUAUAUAAUGUCAGAAGCAGAAUAAAUUAUGCCAAAUAAAAACUGCUGUGAAAACGA